UACUCUUUAUAUGCAUCCAUUAGAAAGAGCAAAAUAAAAAAAUAAACACCAUUAAAAGUCUCACAUCUUUUAUAUGCAUCUUUUGCAGCUUAACCAUCCCAAACACACUAAUUCUUUCUCAUUUUAUCAAUAAACUCAAAACCUCAACUCUUUAAUUAACAACAAUAGCAAAAAAAGAAAAAAAAAAAUCACCAUGAGGGGUUUUGAAAUGUUUGUGAAAUUACAACUAAAUUUCACCUUCCUUAAUUGAAAAAAAAACCCAAAAUUAGAAAAAUUGAUAUUGAAAAGAACCCAAACGAGAAAUAUUGAUAUUAAACUCCUAGUUAAUUACAAGGAAGAUGAUAUUAAAUGCACCACUAGUAUAAUAAUUAUUAAUUAGAGCUUCAGUAAUGGAGGAAGAAUAACAGGUCCUUGAUGAUGAUGAAGAACGAAGCAACCAGGAUGGUACCACUUGUAGCCUUGCAGAAGAGUGUUUAUACAUCAAUUUUGAGAAAGGAGCUAUCUAGACUUCUUGCAUUGGCUUCUGGAACAUCUAAUGUUCAAUCAUUACAGAAUGUGUAAAUGGCUGGAAAUCAAGGAAAAGGUAAAGGGUUUUUUAGAGGGUUAUUGAGCGGGAAUAGCUCUUGGCCGACUUCACUGAGAUGGGAUCCUCAUGAGAGGGGGGUUACGGGAUCUGUGAGACGAUCAAGGCAAGAAGAGGCGAUUAGACAUAGUCAGGCCCAACGUUCAAUAACCCUAGACCAUGUGCGUAGUCGCUUUCAGCGCCAGAGCAGCCUGCACAGUCAAACGAUCGGAUCAAUUGACGAUGAAACUGAUUGCGGGAUCGGUUGGCACGGUGGGCACGUAGCAAAACUUAUAUUUGAGGGAUCGUAGCGCACCCCUACAAUUCUGGAAUGUCGUCCUAGGAAGAGGACGUUGGAUGCAAUCAUCAGACAUCAGGACAUGUCUGAUGAACUGUACAGGGUGUUACCUGCCACUCCUCUUGGUCGUCUGCCGUAUAUAAUGCACCAGCACAUAGAUGGCGUUCUCAUUACGACAUUUGUGGAAAGGUGGCAGCCUGAUACCAACACCUUUCACAUGCCGUGGGGGGAGAUGACCAUAAUAUUGCACGACGUGCAACGCAUCUUAGGAAUUGGCAUUGACAGUUCACUCCCCGUUGAACCGUCUGAUUCUGAGUGGCAGCUUGGCCUGGGCAAUCUAUUUGGGGAGCCAUUGUCGGAGCUGCGUGCGAAAGGGCACUUCACCAGCGGCAUCAUUAAUGUUGGGGCACUGUUGCAGCUAUGCCACCGUACUCAGUCCAUGGAGACUCAGGCUACUACAUACUACAUGGCUAUAGUGGGUUCGACCCUGCUAGUGGAUAAUACUAGAGUCGGAAUGAGGCCUCAUCCUGUUGUUGUUGUCACUGCUGAUCAGGAUGACAUUGCUUGGGGUGCAUUGACGCUGGAUGUCUGACACUGUUGAAGACAUGGGUAUACGAGUACUUCCCAGCCUUCCGCCCCCAUCCGCGUCAAGCUGACAUGCCGAACAAGAGUAGGGCAGAGAUGUGGUCGCCGCAUAAGCCAAUAUGUGGAGUGGACACCGUAGAUGAGUUAUGGUAGGUAUUUAUUGAACGAGCACCCACGCACCACCUAUAUAGGUGGUAUCACAUGUUUUGAUAUCGUGGAGGUCUACUUGCCUGAGAGGACAGUCAGGCAGCUCGGGUUUGUACAAGCCAUUCCCCCCCCCCCCCCACCGUUGAGACCAACCCAAGCUGUGUGACCGGCACAGGGCUCCUACUCAGUGACAUUCGCUCAGCAGUCCAUGUACACGGAGAUGUGGAGUAGGUUCCUGUACUGUGCUCGCGUAGUUGAGCAGGCACUGCGUCGGGCAUUUUUUUU